CGCCUCGCCUCGCAAGGAAGUCGCGGUGCCCUGCGUUGCAACGGGAGGCGCUGGCAGCGCACCUCGCCCGUCCCCGUGUCCGUCAGCCGGGCAGUGCUGUGGCCGGUCCGCGGCCUCUGCCUUUGACAAGCGUUGCGGGUUUCAAGGCUCACAGUUCUCUCCUGUGUAGUAAAGCGUGUUAAAACAGCUGGGCUCGCUUUCAGUGCUGUACUGCAGGUUCCUGCAUACUGAGCUCUUGAGCGGGUACCCGGGUUUUAUCACUCAGGAGAGGUCAGUCGGAGAGCACGAACCCUGUUCUGCCCUAGACGGGGAAUCCACAGGCACUUAGAUGCAGGAAGGGUGAAAGAAUAAAAUGUUAUUAUAAUCCACGCAUUUCAGCUUUUUCAGAGGGAAAACAUUAAAAAAAAAAAGCGCGCUCUCAGCAACCUCUUGUCCAAUGAGCUCGGAUGCCCCCGGGCUCUGGCCCCGCCCUGUCGCCGCCCUCCCUGUCCCCUAGUGGAGAGCGGGUGCGGCGGCUGCACCCGCUCCCCGCCCCGGCCCCGGCGUUCCCGGCUCCCAUGGCGACUCCGCACAGGCGGGACUUCCUGCGGUCGUCCCGGAGGAGGCGGGACCGGCCCGGGCCCGGCGAUUUUAUAAAGGAAGAUGUCCUUUUUCCCUAAAAUCUCUUUCCAGUGUGAAGUUGAAGAGUAUCUCACCAAAGUGUUCAGAAAUAAUGAGCUUAUCACUGCUUUAGGUGGACAGGAGGCAGAGAAUAAAUAUCAAUCUCUGUUAAGUCGUCUGUCUCAUCCACCAAGUUUUACAACUGUAAGAGUUAAUACCCACUUGGCCUCCGUGAAACAUGUGAAAAAAAUGCUGUUUGAAGAGAUCCAGAAGCAGUUCAAAGGACUAUGUGUUCCAGUUCUUGAGCACCCAGAACUCCAGGACAUCCUGUUAAUUCCUGUCAUUGGACCCAGGCGAGACUUAAAAAAACAUCCAUCUGAAGUAAUUGUUGGAGCCCAGUGUGGAUAUGCAGUACUUCGAGGAGCACACGUUUAUGUCCCUGGAAUCGUAUCUGCCUCAAGAUUUGUGAAAGCUGGAGAUCUGGUCUCAGUGUAUUCAGAUAUUGAAGGGAAGUGUAAAAGAGGAGCCAAAGAAUUCAAAGGAGUCAAAGUUUUCCUUGGAAAUGGGAUUUCAGAACUGAGUCGCAGUGAAAUCUUCAGUUCAAGUGGCCCACUGAAGGGUCUGGGCGUAAGAAUGAUAGAGCCAGUCUACCUUAGUCCUUCAUUUGACAAUGUGCUCCCUAGUUAUUUGUUUUUACAGAAUUUACCUUCUGUGGUUGUGAGCCACAUUUUAAACCCUCAACCAGGAGAGAAAAUUUUGGAUAUGUGUGCUGCGCCUGGAGGAAAAGCAACCCAUCUUGCAACAUUAAUGCAUGACCAGGGUGAAGUAAUAGCCAUGGACAAAAUAGCUAACAAGGUCAAAAAAAUCAAGCUGAAUGCUGAAUUGCUACAACUGAAUUGCAUUAAGGCCUUUUGCUAUGAUGGAACAAAGGCUCUUUCAGUUGAGAAACGAGCGGAUGAACAAGAAGGACCUCCAUUCUCACCAGAAUCAUUUGAUCGAAUACUUCUUGAUGCUCCAUGUAGUGGGAUGGGACAGAGACCAAACAUGGCUUAUUCUUCAACUUUAAAGGAAGUGACCUCUUACCAGCCACUACAGCGCAAGCUUUUCACUGUGGCAGUGAAGUUGCUGAAGCCAGGAGGUGUUUUAGUAUACAGUACAUGUACGAUUACACUUUCUGAAAAUGAAGAGCAAGUUGCUUGGGCCCUGAAAAGAUUUCCAUGCCUCCAGCUUCAUCCACAGGAAAGGUGAAAAUUAUUUUAUUAAUGCCACUGAAGUCGUGACGACAUACAUAAAAGAUGGGACAUAAGUGAAAAUAAACUUGUGUUUUGAGGAAGGAGGAUUUUAUAUGUAUGGCUGCUAUUUUUGCUUUAUUUAAAGGAAUGAGGGAACAAAUUUAUUUUGGGCUAGAAUUUUUUAUCUAUACCACAUACUCUGUACAGUUAAAAAAUAUCUGUUACCUUUAUUAGUACUUUGAGGGAGUCUGUCCCUCCCACUGUAUGCAUCCCUCUUCCUCUGAUGAUGUGAUGAGCUGGGUGGGGUAGUUGUUUAUCGUCAUGGCUUUAAGGAAAAAUCUACCUCCAAUCCCUGUUUAGCUUACUUAUACAUUCUGUGAUGACUUGUACCUAUCUUAAGAAGUUUAGAUGAACCUUUUAACUGAAAUUAACAAAAUAUAUACAAGAGGUAUACAAUAAGAAAUUAUCUGAAGACUGGUAAAGAUUUAACAGAAUUGAAGCUCUUCUUCAAGGAUUUGUUUGUUCUGUUCUUCUGUCUGCUUUCUCCCCAUCCAUUUACUAGGAAUUUUUCAGUUCCAGCCAUUUCAACUAAGAUUAUACAUUUUACCUAACAAUAUAAAAAAAUUCUCCCUGACAGAAUUACAAAGUGAAACACAAGCCCUAUUAACUCAAAUGCAAGAUUAAUUCUGGUUUAAUAGACUUUCUCUCACCUGUAAUAUCAGUCUUAAAUAAAGCACUGUUCUUCACACACAAACGCCAUAAGAAUAAAUUUUUUGUGAAUAGUAUAUUUUAAAUUAAAUGACACUGAAUUGUUUACCCAUAGAUAGUUUCUAGUACCUUAUAACCAGUUCUCCAGUAGUGUAAAGUAAGGUGAUGUUUUCCAAUGAACAGGAACCUGGAGUCUAAGGUCUACUUACCUCAUGUUCCUUUAUGUAUUUAUUUCCUAUGUUCUUUAGUCACUUAUUGGACACCUCCUUUUAUACCCAGUCCACUGUUUCCCCAUUUCUCAGUUUGGCAAUAGAUCCUGGAAUCAUGUUGGGUAAGAUGAGUAAGGAAAGAACAGGAGAUGGAGCCAUAGGUUUCGUUCUCAUAGGUGGAAGUUACCACGUCGCAGCUGAUCCUUUGUGCAGACUUACUUCCUCUUAGGUGUUACACAGGAGAUACUGUAGAUCAGUUUAAAUGCAGUAACUUAACUGGAAGGAAAAAUUAAGAGGUAUACGAAAACACUGGUCUUUCUUUGAGCAAGUUGCUUGAACCUGUGCAGUACUGUUUUUCAUAGACUUCUACCUUUCCAUCCUUCUACUGCAUUACUUCAAGUUGCUACCCUUGUCUCCCUUUGUAUGUUAUUUUUCUCUCAAUUUGCAAUAGACACCUCUUUUUGUCUUUUACCUGGAAAACACUGAAAUCCUAUUGAGGGGAAGGAAGAGAAGAAUCAGGCUGCAACCUCUUGGCUGUCCAGCUUUACUGCACACAAUAUGUUGUUAAGCAGCUAACUCACAUCAUGUGCUGACUGGGUGAGAUCAUGUGUUUGCAAAGUAUGAUGACUGACAAAAUGCUCUGCUGCAGGCUGCAUUAUAGACUACAUUAGACUAGAUUGACAAAGGAGAUCUACUUUUGAUAUUGCAGUGCCAGCUUUUGUACAUUUUUUCUAUUCCUUAAUGAAUGCAUUGAAAGCAAAUCCAGCUAAGAAUUAGAUUUCUUCCAGGUGUGUAUUAAAUAAAAAACAGUCAAGGCUACUCACAAGAAACACUGAGAAAAGGGCUGUGAUUUUAAGCCCUUCUCCUCUCCAGGAUUUUGAUGCCAAAUGUCAUCUCCUGAAUUCAGAUACCUAAGCGUUGCUUUCUUUUUUUCUCUGCCUCAUAGACAUACCCAUGUAACAGUGGUCCCAUUUAUCUAUUAGUCUUAUUACAUGACAUAUAAAAAAUCUGAAGUUCAGAUUUUUCUGCUGCAUCAUUUGCCAGAAUGAUGCUUCCUCAGGCAAUAAAGUAUUCUGGACUGGGGCUUUCAGUCUCUGCAGUGCAAGUUUUCAAUGUGAAAAAUCCAGGUAUUUCUACUACUGUUACUGAGUAUAUUAGUAAUGGGCUAAGGAAUGACUAUUUUUGACUUAACUAAUAGCUAUUAGUCAGUACACAGCUAUUAGUCAGUACACAGAAGUGCUGCAUCAUUUAAAAGUGGCAACCUAAAACCUUUGGACCAGCUGUGUGGUGAUAACAGCUCUCUUGUGAUGUUUCAGUCCUUUGAGUAAUUAAUUUAGACCUGUGUACUCAUCAUCAACAAGUGCUCUAAGCAACGGGUUGAAGUGGGUGAGGGGCACCACCACCUCCUCAAAGUACUCUGAACCUUGUAUAUAUGUUUGUAAAUAUUGGCCAGAUGAAGGCAAGAAAAGGCCACAUUACUUCUGAAUCCCACCUGGUGUAAAUGAUACAAACCUAGCUUUUCCACAUUACCAGUUAAGUAUUCUGCAUAUACUCAGCAGAAUACAUAUAAGGCCUUUAAGAAUUUUACAGAUGCAAUAAUUUGCUUUUCUUUGU